UGGAUGCUAUCUAUUCUUCUUUCUCAAAUAUCUGAGGCCCUCUUCCACUGCUUGUCUUCCAGCACGGCACAGAUCCUCUUCUUUGCGCAAUGGAGAAACCUGCUUCAAACUGGUACGAUGUGCAACGAGUGCCUGAGGAUUACGUGUUUCCACCAGAAAUAAGACCAGGGAGCGUCCAUGUUCCUGUAAGUGAAAGCUUCCCAGUGAUUGACCUCAGCGAAGCAGAGAAAGGUGAUCGAACCCAUACCGUGCAGAAAAUUCUCAAAGCCGCUCAAGAGUUUGGAUUCUUCCAGGUGAUCAAUCAUGGGAUACCGGACAAUCUAAUUAAUGAAACAAUGAGUGUGUUGGGGGAGUUCUUCCAGUUGCCGGCGGAGGCGAAGCAGAACUUGUCCUCACAGGAUUGGCACAAGGAUUUCAGGUUCACUUUGAACGGUGUAACUUAUGCUGCCGAGAAUGUUCAUACAUGGAGGGAAUUUCUCAAACACCCAUGUCAUCCUUUAGAGAGGUGGCAGCAUUUGUGGCCUCAAACCCCAGCGAGAUAUCAUCUGAUUUGUAUCAGAGAGUGUAUUGGGGCGUGUUCAAUGGAAGUUAAGAAGUUGAGUUCCAGGAUCUUGAGGUUAAUCAGUACAGUGAAGGGCUUGGACUGCAUGGCGAAUAUCUUGAGGGUGAAUAUAGCCAAACUAUGAAACUAUCCGCUAAUUUCUAUCCAACAUGUCCUCAGCCAGAUUUGACUCUUGGAGCAACCAAGCACGCCGAUCCUAACAUCAUAACCCUUUUACUCCAAGAUGGCGUCUGUGGACUUCAAGUGUUGAAGGAUGAUACGUGGAUUGGCGUCGAUCCUAACCCCCAUGCAACUGUGGUCAAUAUAGCCUCCCAGUUGCAGGCAUAUACAUUCUUUAACUUCUUGCAGUCUAAAAUUUUUCGUUCGUUCUAGAUCAGCAGUAUUCGGAAAUAAGUAGAAAUUAUAGCAAAUAAUGGUUGAUUUGAUUUUGUGUUGAGA